UUGCUAAAUAUGCUAAGCUGGCAAGAGGAUAACCAGUGUUAUACAGGCCUGGUUUUGCAUUGUUCCUCGCAUCAAAAGAGCCCCCCCACACCCACUAUGUCUGGCCUCUUUCAACCCCCCCCCUUCUCUCUCUGUAGUCGGGGUUUUGUUGCCUAGUUCCCCAGCCAGCCGCUGAACUGAAAUGAACUGAAUGAGGCUCAGUCCACGCCAGAGAGGCACCCACACUUGGUGUGUUUGAAUUAAAGUCCAGCUGGCAGCGUGCACUGACGCUGGGCUCUGUUGACUGCAGCCCAGUGACGAGGGAAAUUUGGGUGAGGUCUUGCAGCAUCUCCAGCUCUCUCUCCUGACUGUAGACAUGAGCAGGCUCCAGUUAGGACUUCAUUCACAUCUUUAGAACUAGUUUCUGAAAUGAUUCUCGUCACGUAGCACGGCUGUCGCUGGAUAUUGCCCUUGUAGCCCAGCAGCAGCAAUUCAGAUUUUAGUGAAGCAGAGCAGAGCAGAGCAGGGCCGUCAUGGUGUUGAAGAUGGGAGAAGGGAUCUUCCUCAGGAAGAAGAGCAGUGACGAGGAUGCUAAGACUCUGGGCCUGUCGACUGGCCAGGCUCUGUCGAAGCUGCGGGACCAGCUCAGCAGCCUGCUGGAGCAGCACCAAAGAGCUGCACCCAGACGAGCCUCUGUACAGGAACAGUGGGUGAAUAGCUUCCUUUACCAUGGCAACCGUCACUCCUGUCUCCAUUGGCCGGGAGCUGCCCUCACUCUACUGGUGGUGCUGGGACUCUUCUGUUGCUAUGGCAGCCAGCCAAAGGGCAGUUCUGGUAUAGAGUUUGUGAACGCUGCAGCCCUACUCCUCCUCCUCCUGCUGAACCUGCUGCUGAGCAGACGUCAGGAGCGGCUGAAGAGGAGCGAGAUGGUCCGCCGUCUCAAGGGCAUCAUCACACAGCUCAGCGACUAUCUGUCAGGGUGUGUGAGUGACUUGCGGUGGUCUCCAUCUAUGUACCCUGAUCUGUACACACCCUCAUCCCCAUCAUGGUCCCUUCACUGGACCUACCGCGACUCCCAUUUGGUUAACCUGCCCAUCAGUCUGCUGGUGGAAGGAGACAUCAUCGCUCUGAGGCCUGGCCAAGAGGCGUUCGCAUCCCUCAGAGGCAUUAAGGAUGAUGAGCACAUUGUGUUGGAGCCAGGAGAUUUAUUCCCCCCUUUCUCCCCUCCUCCUUCCCCACGGGGCACUGAGAAGAGAGGACCCCAGAGUCCCCAGCAACACCGUCUCUUCAGAGUGGUCCGGACUCCAGUACUGGACAUAGUCAGGAACAGUUUGGAGAUGGCGUUGACUCGACCAAUCACAGUGCUAGAUAAUGAGAGGUUUACAGUGCAGUCGGUUAUCGCCAAGCGAGUUUGUCCAGUUGUUCUGGUGGCAUUCCUGCUAGUGAACACUGUCCGCUAUUUUUGUGAUGCACCCAGCCUCACCCCCCCCUGCUUCAAUUUCUUUCAACUUCAGUUGAUGGGUGUUCUGCCCAUCUUGCCCCUGCUCUUCCCCGUCAUGUGGGUGCUGUUGAAUGCCUUCGGAGAGGCCAGGGUCCUCGCUGAGUUCAGCCGCGCAUCACCAGCUGGUCUGCUUGCUAAAUUCUCUGAGGACACUCUAAGCAGCUACACCGAAGUGGUUUCCUCCCAGUCAGCACGUCUUGACCGAGCACCUCUGGAUGAGUUGCUGCGUUGUGUGUGGAGACACUUUGUUGGCGUCCUGAAGGGGGAGUCUCAGACACUCUGUUAUACUUCCAGCCUUUUACACACUCUGGGAUCCGUCACUGUGCUGUGUACUGUGGACAAGCAGGGCAUCCUGUCGUGGCCUAACCCCAGUCCAGAGACUGUGCUGUUCUUCAGUGGACGAGUGGAGCCGCCUCACAACAGCCAGGAUGAUCUCAGAGACGACCUGUCUGUCAGCUCCUACUGCCGAAUGGAGACGGAUGAUGACCGCGAUGAGGCCCAGGAGGCGGAGGCUCUGCUCUGUCUACCAGCAGAGUCCUCAGUCCAGCUUGGGGAGGGGCCCGAGCCCAGCGAGACGUCACAUGACACCGCCCGCUCGACCGACACAUUCCGGCUGCGGCGCGCCUGCCAGCCUGCACACACUCGCACCAAACACCACUCUGGAUCCAACGUGAGCUUCAGCCAUGACACUGAGGGAGGCGAGGAUGGCCAGGCCCAGGACUAUGGGAUGGGCUGCCCGGAGGCGGAGGCCGACGACUUUGUGUGCGACUACCACCUGGAGAUGCUGAGCCUGUCGCAGGACCAGCAGAACCCGGCCAGCAUCCAGUUCGACGACCUCUCCUGGCAGUGCCACCUGCCGUCCCUCAAGCCGCUGGGCCUCAACAUCAUGCUGAACCUGUGCAACGCCAACGUCACCCAGCAGCUCUGCCGCUUCUCCGACCACCUGUCCAACAUGGCGCUGCAGGAGAGCCACGGCACCGUGCUGCCCGUCUACGUCCCCUGGGGGCUCUGCGAGCUCUCCAGGCUCAUAGGAUUCACUCCUGGUGCGAGGGAGCUGUUUAAACAGGAGAACCACUUGGCACUGUACCAACUGCCAACAGGAGAGAAGACGAAGGAGUUCCCGUCCCGUCGCCUUCAUUACUUCAUCAAACGCCAGCCUCCCAUCUCCCACCUUAUCUCCCUGUUUGUACGAGACUCUUCCUCCAAUAACGUCCAAAUGCUGUCGCAUGGCUCGGCCGACCUCAUCCUGGAGGCCUGCACUGACUUCUGGGAUGGAACUGACAUCUAUCCCCUCUCAGGCUCAGACAGAAAGAAGGUUCUGGACUUCUACCAGCGUGCGUGUCUGUCAGGCUACUGCUCAGCAUUCGCCUACAAACCCAUGCAGGUAUCCUUGUCCAGCCAGCUGAAUGGGAAGUGUGUGGAGUUGGCCUCCGGUCCCUGCCUCUUCUCCGGAGUGGAGCUGCCCUCCACCACCCCCAUCAAACACACCUCCUGCAGGAACAGCUGGAGCUCCGACGAGGGUAUAGGUGAGGGAGUGGAGCGCGAGGACUGUGUUCAGGCCCUGAGUGGGCAGAUCUUCAUGGGUAUGGUAUCGUCUCAGUUCCAGGCGAGGCUGGACACAGUCCGGCUCAUCGAUGCCCUGGUCACCGCUUGUAUCCGGUUUGUUUACUUUUCCAUGGAGGACGAGCUCCGCAGCAAGGUUUUUGCAGAGAAGAUGGGUUUAGAGACAGGCUGGAACUGUCACGUCUCCUUGACUCCCAACGGAGACAGUCCCUGUGAUGGAGCUCCAAACAGCCCUGGUCACGGUUCCCUUCAUGAAGACCUGAACCAAGAUUCUCGGGACGAAGCAGAAGGUCCACUGCUGCCGGAGGACUGUGACCUGGCCAGUUUCCAGCCCACAGACAGUGAUGUGCCCAGCUUUCUGGAGGACUGCAACAGGGCCAAGCUACCUCGUGGUAUCCACCAGGUUCGUCCUCAUUUGAAGAACAUUGAUAAUGUGCCUCUUUUGGUGCCACUCUUCACUGACUGCACCCCUGACACCAUGUGUGAGAUGAUGAAAAUCAUGCAGGAGAACAGGGAGGUUACAUGCUGUCUGGGAAGCUCCGCCAAUUUCCGCAACAGCCGCCUGUUCCUACAGAGUGACCUCAGCAUCGCUCUGGACCCUCUGUACCCCUCUCAGUGUUCGUGGGAGACGUUCGGCUAUGCCACCGGAGGAGGAUUUAACGACAGAGACGUCGAAGGUCUGUCUCCUCUGAGGCUCUCCGGACAGCUCAACAGUCUGGGUUGUUGCGUCACCUUCCACCAAGGAGAGAGCGUCAGCAUGGUCAAGCUCAUAGAGCAGGCACGACACACAACCUACGGCAUCCGCAAGUGCUUCCUUUUCCUGCUGCAGUGUCAGCUCAGUCUGGUCGUCAUCCAGUUCUUAGCCUGUCUAGCUCAACUUCCUCCUCCCAUGAACACCACUGAUAUCCUCUGGUUGUCCUGCUUCAGCUGCCCGCUGCUAAGUGUGUCAUUUUUGGGGAAGCCACCAGACAGUUCAGUCAUGACGGUUGCCACGGGGAAGAACCUAGAUGCAAUUCCAAGGAAGACCCAGAACUACUUCCUUGGCUGUUUCCUGUUGAAGUUCGGCCUGACAGUGUGUGCCUACCUGGUAGCCUUCGGGUUCACCCUGCAUCAGCUCUGCAUCAGAGGCAACUCCAUCUUAGCUGACAACUCCACCUUAGCUGACAACACCACCGUCAACUGCCUUUAUAUACCCAGCUCUUCGGACGACGCUCCUCGCUGGUUCAGUGAGCUGUCCAAUGGCCUGCUGCUGACUCAGAAGGUCAUGGCAGGGUUCCUUGUCUUACACACAGUGGUGAUCUCCCUCAGCUACGUCCACCGCUCUCAGCCUCUGUGGAGAAAGAGUCCCCUCAGAAAUACCUGGUGGUGUCUCACUGUCCCUGUGGUACUGCUCAGCCAGAUUGUUCAGGCCACAGUGGAUUACCAGUUGUGGCGCGACCGGGGCAGCCUCCUGACCUUUCACCUGGCUGACAUACCCCUGCUGGCCUGGCUGCUGGUCUCUCUGUCCCCGCUGGUGGUGGUGUUGGUCAACGAAGUGGUGAAGCUACACGAGAUACGGGUGCGAGUUCGCUACCAGAAGAGACAGAAGCUGCAGUUUGAAACAAAGCUGGGGAUGAAUUCUCCAUUCUGAUGCGCUCCCUCUGAGGAAAUGGGUGUUGUGGCAAUACUGGGAACCAUUUAGUUCUGGAAACCAGGGAAGGGCAGGGUGAAAACACACUGCAUAACCCUCCGUUAACAUUUCAGCCCAACAGCACUGCAACCAUCAGGUGGAGCAACCAAAUGUCACGGUGGGGGCUUUAUGUCACGGAUGUUUUCUUGAAACAGUUGAUAUUGUAUCAGUUAUCUGAAGGUCAGGGAAAAUUCCAAAGCAUUCAUUUCCAUUUUAAUAGAAAAGAGCCAAAAAUAGGCAACUAUUUAUUGUCUGGUUUUUAGUUAGUUUUAACGGCAUGAGGAAUGUUUUCUGAAGAGGUUUAUGCUUUCUCACGAUCACUUCUGUUCUCGAUCUCUGAGAGACUUGUGCAUGGUCGCUCUCAUCUCCAGAAAUGUCCCAGGCCACAAACAGAGGACGUUUUUAGUAAAGUUAAUUUUAAUGUGACCCUAUGAGACACACAUUGAAUUGUCAUAUCCAGCUGACAUUCACAGGAAAACACAUUGGGCUGCAAAGAAAAGUAACUGUGGAGCCCCAAAGUGUUCAAUAUUAAGUAAACAAAUGUGUAAUUAUAAAAAUAAUAAUAAUUGAUGCUUUUAUUUUUAAUUCACAAAUUGUUUUUAAAAAUUUAAUUAAAAUUAAAAUAAAAUAAAAUUAAUACAUUUUACACAAUUAAAUCAUAUGAUAUCUUUUUUUUUUUUAUUUAAUAUUGAACACUUUGGGCCUCCAUAUGUAACAAGGUGUUUGGUCAUUGCUUGGCAUCUACAGAAUAGGCUGUAACACUACCUCCGGAACAAAAUGUGACAAAGAAGCUUUUCUAAGUUUACUUUCUGAAUUAUUCUGUCAUUCAGCGUUUGAGCCGCGUUUUAAUCUUCACUGUGAUCGCCCGCAAGACGACGUUCCCUAUUAAUUUUAUUGUGUUGUGUUCUUUGUUGUUACUAAAUUUCAGCCCAGUCGCACAGCAGUUUGUGAAAUAAGUUGAUUUAUUUGUCACGUAACGUCCGUACUUAAGUUACAACGGAGUUAUUUUAACCCAAACUACGAUCUUACUAAGAAGUUUUAUUUUGAAAAGACUGGAACAGAAAUUGACCCUUGUGUCACAUUUUGCUGCACAUUGGAAGGAAAAAAACAUUAAAAAAUGCGUUGUUGAAAGUUGUGCUGAGCAAAAAAAAAGGAAAUUUGUGUCUAUGUACACGAUCAAAUAGAUUAAAUUUCGUGACUAUUUCACGAACUGCUGUGAGACUGUGUUGCAAAUUCCUGAGCUAAGCCGAGCCUGUUGUUACACAAUACGGACUACAGAUUAAGGAUUGAAUUUGAUCAGUCACGUUUUACACGUAUUUAAAUAUAUCCUGUAUACACAUUUAUCUAACUGAAGAAUGUGCCAGCAUACUACUUUUGAACCCACGCAGCUGGCUGUGCCGUGAUCUUGUGAAAGGUGCUUUGUAUCAUUCAGUUGCCUUUCUUCUCAUGCUGUCUGGCUGUUUCAGCUCUCAACACCUCAACAGACAGUUUGUUUUAAGGUAUAAAAAUUUGUAGAUUUCCUCGAUCACCCCAGAUUUCAUAUUUGAUCUGCUGACCGUCAUAUUCCACAUAUUUGGAUUUCUCUCCUGAUCACCUUCAAGUGUCCCCAUUACUCUGCUGUGUUCUGUUAAUGUGCAGCAUCAGCAGACGUCUGUAUCACUGAUGGUCUUUUUCAUUCAGACCAGCCUUCUUUCUGGUGCUGUCAUUAUUGUCAGAUGGAUAAUGAUUUUAAUAUGUAUACAAGUGGAUACAAGGAUGAUGGUAUUUGUUUGCAAUGUAUUACUUCAGAAGUAAAUACCAUGCUUUUAUGUCACUCUUUAUACAAAAACGGAGCAAUGGAAAUCAUUGUUGUCAGUGCUGGAUUAACCGCUAGGAGUUUCCCGGGUCAAUAAUGAGCCAAUUUAUUUUCCUGAAAAUGUAUUAUAUCCCGAUAUUUAUAUUAGUAUUGUGAUAAAAAAAUUAUAAAUAGGAUUUUUUUUUUUUUUUUUCGAUUUUAUUUAUGUGGGGAAGUCACAUUUACAUAUUACUUUACAAUUUUUACUCCAUUUUUAGAAUCUUUUUUUUUUACCCAUAUCGCUCAGCCCUAUUCUAAAUAAAUUUGCAUUCAAUCAAAUGACCACAAAGUGAGUGGACCCUGAAGCUCUGAGGUAUGUUGGUUGGUUAUCCAGCCUUGAUUCUUGUCCACUUAUAGAGAGGUGAAGUCCCUCCCCUUCCCUUUGCCCCCAUGGGACCUUAAUUCAGAAAAGAAAAAUAUGCACGGUAGUCAACAGCGAGAGACGAUAUUUUUUUGAUCCCGUUUGAAUUGCGUCAUUAAUCACACAGAUGAUGUUUGUCAAUUUAAAACAUAAUUUUACAAGUUAAGAAACUCUCCGUUUGUUGUAGGUUUGUCGUAGUAUCACUUAGUUUUGUCUGACACCGCUCAGUGAACAACAUCUCUCGUCACGCACAAUAUACGUCACCAACACUAGCUAGCUAGCUGACUUAACUAUGUUCCAAACACAAAUAAAACGUUAUUUAACCUGAUGUGUUUUAUCCAGAGAUUCCUGGUCUUUUUAUUAGCCGGGAAGUGAAAGAACGAUCAGACCCGUUGCUGGUGUGAGUUCAUCCCAGUAGGAGACACACAGACACAGAUCGUAGCUUCAGAGAGAGAGAGACGUCACCUACCACACUUUUUGGUGUCUUUUCU